AUGGCAUCUAAUUCCAAUUCCUCCCCUACGAUGCUGACGAAGUUCGAGUCGAAAUCUUCCAGAGCAAAGGGCAUUGCUUUCCAUCCUAAACGGCCAUGGAUUCUAGUUUCUUUACACUCUUCGACCAUUCAGCUAUGGGAUUAUCGCAUGGGAACAUUGAUUGAUAGAUUUGAAGAGCAUGAUGGGCCAGUUCGAGGAAUUGACUUCCACAAGACACAACCCCUCUUUGUCUCCGGUGGUGAUGAUUACAAGAUUAAGGUCUGGUCAUUGCAGACUCGUAGAUGUCUAUUUACCUUGAAUGGUCAUUUAGAUUAUGUUCGCACAGUUUUCUUUCAUCAUGAGCUUCCUUGGAUCAUUUCCAGUUCGGACGAUCAAACUAUUAGGAUAUGGAACUGGCAGAAUCGCUCUCUAAUUUGCACAAUGACCGGUCACAAUCAUUACACAAUGUGCGCUCAAUUCCAUCCCAAAGACGAUUUGGUAGUUUCUGCAUCCCUUGAUCAAUCGGUUCGAGUUUGGGAUAUUUCAGGCUUGCGAAAGAAACACUCGGCGCCAACUUCUAUGACUUUCGAAGACCAGAUGUCAAGAGGGAACCAGGCCCAAGCAGAUAUGUUUGGAAAUACCGAUGCUGUAGUCAAAUUCGUACUUGAAGGACACGAUAGAGGUGUGAAUUGGGUAGCUUUCCAUCCAACCUUACCUCUGAUCGUAUCUGCUGGUGACGAUCGACUUGUGAAGUUAUGGCGAAUGAGCGAAACAAAGGCAUGGGAAGUCGAUACCUGCCGGGGGCACUUCCAAAACGCAUCUGGAUGCUUAUUCCACCCUCAUCAGGAUUUGAUCUUGUCAGUUGGCGAAGAUAAAACUAUCCGAGUUUGGGAUCUCAAUAAACGUACAUCGGUACAGUCAUUCAAGCGAGAGAAUGAUAGAUUUUGGGUCAUUGCAGCUCACCCUGAGAUAAACCUUUUUGCUGCUGGACACGAUAAUGGUGUCAUGGUAUUCAAACUUGAGCGAGAACGCCCAGCAUCUGCCUUCUAUCAGAACAACCUCUUUUACAUCACCAAGGAUAAACAUGUCAAAUCUUAUGAUUUCCAAAAGAAUAUUGAAAGUCCAACACUCUUGACCUUGAAGAAACUUGGAAGCCCUUGGGUCCCACCUAGAUACUUUCCUACAACCCAGCCGAAGAGCUGUCUUGUCACUUCUCCUGCAGAUGGCGGUUCAUAUGAACUCAUCAAUCUUCCUAGAGAUGGAGCCGGUUCAAUGGAUUCAAAUGACACAAAGCGAGGCCAAGGUACUUCUGCUGUUUUUGUAGCACGAAACAGAUUCGCCGUUUUGAAUGCUACAACUCAACAAAUCGAUAUCAAAGAUCUUUCCAACUCCACAACCAAGACCAUCAAGCCUCCAAAUGGAACUACCGAUAUUUACUUUGGUGGAACUGGUAAUCUUUUGUUGAUUACCCCCACUGCUGUUCAUUUAUAUGAUAUCCAGCAAAAGAAAGCAACUGCUGAACUUGCUGUAUCAGGUGUCAAGUAUGUUGUCUGGUCUAACGAUGGUUUAUACGCAGCUCUCUUGAGCAAGCAUAAUGUCACGAUUGUCACAAAAUCCUUAGAACAAGUCAGCACCCUUCACGAAACCAUCCGCAUCAAGAGUGCAACCUGGGAUGAUGCAGGCGUUCUUCUUUACUCAACUUUGAAUCACAUUAAAUACACUUUAUUGAACGGAGACAAUGGUAUCGUUCGCACCCUCGAUCAAACCGUCUAUCUUGUCAGGGUUAAAGCACGUACUAUGUACUGUUUGGACCGAAGUGCUAAGCCAAAGAUUCUGAAUAUUGAUCCUACUGAGUAUCGUUUCAAGCUUGCCCUUGUGAAGCGAAACUAUGAGGAGAUGUUGCAAAUCAUCAAGAAUUCCAGUCUGGUUGGUCAAAGUAUCAUCUCUUAUUUGCAAAAGAAGGGUUACCCAGAGAUUGCCUUACAAUUCGUACAAGAUCCACAAACUCGAUUUGAAUUGGCAAUCGAGUGUGGUAACUUGGAAGUCGCAGUUGAAAUGGCAAAGCAAUUGGACCGACCAAAGUUGUGGUCCAGAUUAACAGCGGAAGCUCUGGCUCACGGUAAUCACCAAAUUGUUGAGAUGACGUAUCAGAAGUUGCGACAAUUUGACAAAUUGUCGUUCCUGUAUCUGGCCACUGGAGACGAAGCAAAAUUAACGAGAAUGGCCAAAAUUGCGGAACAUCGUGGCGAUUUCACUGCCCGUUUCCAGAACGCUUUAUACCUCGGAGAUGUCCAGGAUAGGAUACAGAUGUUCAAGGAGAUUGACCUUUAUCCACUUGCUUAUAUGACCGCGAAAUCGCACGGCUUUACAGAAGAAUGCGAGUCAAUUCUCGAGGCCACUGGCCUCACCGAAGAUCAAAUCACAUUGCCUACCCUCGGAUCGCCACUUACCCCUCCCAAACCUGUCAUCCCCACCUUCAAGGCAAAUUGGCCAACAAAGGCAACUUCGCAAUCGUUCUUCGAGAAAGCCCUUCUUGGUCAAGUCGAGGGUCUCUCCCUAGAGGAUGAACCUUCCGCUGCUGCAAAUGGAUUCGGUUUUGACGAAGCUGGAAAUGAUGAAGCCAAGACUGGUGCUCUCAUUGAGGCCGAUGAUGAUGAUGAAGAUGCUGCAGGAUGGGAUAUGGGCGAUGAUAUCGUCCCCGAGGUUGAGAAUGAUUUUGUCAAUGUUGAUAGUGCAGAGGCUGGCGCUGGUAGCAGUGAGGCUGAUCUAUGGGCUCGCAACUCUCCUAUCGCUGCUGAUCACGUUGCUGGCGGUUCUUUCGAAACUGCAAUGCAAUUGCUCAAUCGUCAACUUGGCGCCGUCAACUUCGAGCCUUUGAAACCUAGAUUCAUGGAAAUUUACCAAGCAUCAAAGACUUACCUCCCGGCGUCCGCAAGUCUUUCGCCUUUGGUCAAUUAUGUUCGACGAACAGUUGAUGAGACAGAUCCUCGUAAGGUUCUUCCUAUCAUUCCACGAGAUAUCGAAUCAUUAGCAACCAUCGACUUACAGAAAGGAUACGAUGCCAUGCGACAAAACAAACUUGAAGAUGGCGCUACCAUAUUCAAGGGCAUCCUUCAUGCUCUGCUUGUGAACGCUGUCUCAACCGCUUCCGAGGUAUCAGAGGCAAAGAAACUCAUCACGACAGCAUCAGAAUAUAGUAUAGCAAUGGCUAUCGAAAUCUCGAGGCGGAAGAUUGGAACUGCUGAUGAAAUCUCAAAAUCACCAGAGAAACUCAAGCGCAGUUUGGAAUUGUCAGCUUAUUUCACUAUUCCCAAGUUGGAGGUUGUUCAUAGACAAUUAGCUUUAACGAGUGCGAUGAAAUUGGCUUUCACCAGCAAGAACUAUAACUCCGCGUUGAGCUUCGCCAACAGGAUGUUGGCAAACGGUGGAAGUGCCAAGGUUCUUGAGAAUGCUCGUAAGAUUAAGGCUAAUUGUGAACGCAACCCCAACGAUACCCAUGAAAUUGAGUUUGAUCAAUUUGCUGAAUUCGAUGUCUGUGCUGCCUCUCACACACCUAUUUACUCUGGCUCUCCAUUCGAAGUCUGCGCAUUCGAUGGUAGCAAAUAUCAAGCAAAAUAUAAGGGUACUGUUUGUGCAGUAUGUGGUGUCUGUGAGGUUGGUAAGAAUGGAAGUGGAUUGAAACUUGUUGCUUAA